UGGGAUCUAGCUUGACAUGUAUAGCAAGAUUUUUAGGUUAAUAUAUACCUGGAGGUACAGCCGUCGAUGUCAUAUUUUCUGCUGCUUUGCUUUGUGGAUUCCCCAUACGUACCUUGCUUGCAUAUUCACUGCACCUACAUUGGAGCUGGCGAGAGCAUCUACAUUGGAGCUGGCGAGAGCAUCUCAGAUCAUGCAUCCCGUCUGGGUGUCCAGGAGCGAAAGUUGGACGUCAAUGUAUUUGAAACAAUGGAUGUAAGACUGAAACAAUUAGUGGAUAUUUCAACAAUGGAUGUAAGACAGAACCAAUGCGCGGAUCUGUUGAAAGUAUGUACUGUAAGCGCAUCUGUUGUAAUACCUAAUCAGGAACUGGGAUCAGCCCCGGCAGUGUCCAGAAGGGAACCAAUGCGCGGAUCUGUCGGCUUCGCCGUCGGUUUCGCCGUCGGUUCCAGUGAGUGA